UUCAAGAACGCAAGCGACAGAAGAUGAUGCAGAGGAUGAAUAUGUAAUAAGAAUGUGAAUUUUGCAGGAUUUAUAGGUUUUCAGUGAAUAAACAAACCUAAAAUAUGGCUGACGGCAAACAGCUGAAGAUUGGGACGCGUGUGGAGGUCAUAGGUAAAGGAGUCAUUGGGGCAGUGGCCUAUAUUGGAACAACCCUCUUCUCCAGUGGUAAAUGGAUAGGUGUGAUCCUUGAUGAUGCCAAGGGGAAAAACAAUGGAGUGGUGCAGGGCAAAACUUACUUCACCUGUGAUGACAAUCACGGAAUCUUUGUUCGUCAGUCGCAGAUUGUAGCACUGGAUAGCAAGGAGCCUAGCCCCGUCGCAGCACCUGAACCUGCGACACCUGUUCCUGCCACACCAAAACCAGCCUCAGGAAUCCCCGGUCCUAGGACGGUCAAGCGGUCAGGUCUCCGCCCACCAAGCUAUGUGGGUAAAAGUAGUGAAAAUCUUGUGGACAUGUCAGCCACCCCUAAGAGAGCCCCCAGUGUACCCAGUGACUUGUCCAAGAUUGCAGCUACUCCUCUCCAAACACCGGCCAAGGAGAGCAGUAUCCCAUCUGGAUUGUCUAGAAUCAGCCGGGGAGCAAGUAAGGAAUCCACACCCCCUCCAAUAGUACCUACGGAGCUGAAGGAGCUGAAGGCACCCCCCAAAGAGGUGACACCGACAUCCAAACCCCCAUCCACCAAGACUACACCGACCACGCCAGCAGAUGUUAGCUCUCUAGAAGUUAAAAUGACCAACUUGCAGCAGUCGCAGGAGAUUGAGGGAUUGAAUGCCGAAAUCAAGGACCUGAAUGAAAAACUUGAAACUCUCAAAAUAAAACGUGCAGAAGACAAAGGCAAACUGAAGGAUUUCGAGAGAGCCAAACUACAAAUGCAACAGUUACAAGAGUACAAGAGUAAAAUACAGGAAACUAACAAGGAACUGCAGCAGCAGUUAGCAAAUGCUAAAAGGGAGGCACGAGACAUUCAGGAUGCUUUUGACCAGUACAAGGAUGAGAUGUCUGACCUAGCUGAGUCCAUGGAGCUGGCCACACUUGACAAGGAAAUGGCAGAGGAGAAGAGUGAGACUUUACAACAAGAAGUGGACAAUCUAAAGGAGAGAAAUGAAGAGGUGACUCUGGAUCUGGAGAUACUGAGAGGUGAGAUCAGUGAGAAAGGCACUGACGGACUAGCCUCCAGUUACCAGGUCAAACAGUUAGAGCAGCAGAACGAACGCCUGAAGGACGCACUGGUCAAGAUGCGAGAUCUGUCGACCAGUGAUAAGCAGGACGCAGUAAAGAACCAGAAAUUAAGUGAGAAGUUGACUAACGACAUAGCUGUACUGAAGCGGGAUAAGGAGAAACUUCAGAAUGAGGUCACGGAGCAGCAAACCCAAGUCAUAGAACUCAAGGAACAGGUGGAUGCUGCUCUGGGUGCAGAGGAGAUGGUGGAAUCUUUGGCAGAGAAAAACCUUCAGCUGGAGGGGUUGAUAAAUGAACUGGAGGAAGAGAAAGCAGACCUGGAAGCUCUCCAUGAGAUGAAUGAGGAGCUACAGGAGAACACGAGGGAGUCUGAGUUGGAAUUACGUGAGGAGCUAGACCUGGCCAAUGGAAGAGCUACUGAGAUGCAGAGAAAGCUUGAUGCAACACAGGAGACUAUUGCUGAUUAUGAUGCCACCAUUUCAAAGUUCCGGGAACUUGUGUCAAGUCUACAGGAUACCAUCAGAGACAUGAGGAGCCGUCAAGUUGAAUCGGAACAGAAGACAGAGACACCGACUAUGGAAGCAUUUGAUUUUAAAACAAAGUUUGCUGAGUCAAAGGCUUAUGCUAAGGAAGUAGGAAGUGUGACAAUUGACAUGGAGCUACGAAAAUUGGAAGUACAACAGGCAUCAUACCAGGUGACACUCCUGAAGUCUUUUAUGCCGAACUCCUUCAGCAACAGGGGAGGUGACCAAGAUGCUGUUGGUGUGCUGCUCAUGAUUCCUAGGGUCAUCAGUAAAUGUGAGCUAUUGGCCUCCCAGGUCAAAGAUAAGUUUGAGAUGGUGGAGAACAUUAACCGGGAGACAGUACUGAAGAGCCACAUGGCCCAGCAAUGUAGCUACGCCCUACAGAUGGUUCUCAUGCUGAACACCCUCACCACCAUCAUGAAGCAGUAUGAAUAUGCUAUGAGGACGUGUAGUGUGGAGCUCUUCCUUAAGAUUGGGACGUUGCUACCAGAGAUGAAUGCCCAUGAGAAGUCGGUCGACUACUUCAUAGAGCUGCUGAGGAAAGACCAGCUGGAUGAGAAUAUUUCUCUAGAUCUUCUGGAGAAAUCCAUUAACUACUUCCAGCAACUGCAUGCCGUACACCUGGUAGCAGAGAAGGUCGACUGUACAUCUCUAAUGGCUAACAAGACCAAACUUGUCCUCAGUGCUUGUGACUGUGUCAGUACCGACAUAGCUCGCCUCAAAGUACUGCUACAGCCUGGACAGGAACAGACCCAGAUCUCUAUACUGCUGAAAGAUCUGGAGAAUUGUAACAGCGACACCCGUAUGUGUGCCAGAAAGGUGAAGCGGAGACUACCACAGGGAGACGGAGCUGCUAUGCCUCUAUCAUUUGGAAAAGAGAUUCGGUCUCUGUUGGAAGAUUGCGGUAAAAACAUCACAUGUGUGGCGAAGACUCUCCAGCACACAGCUUUAGGUGCAAUGCAGCAGGCCGCCCUUCUCACCGAAACCAUAUCUGGUGGGCGAAUGGAUUUGGAAAACUGCAAGGAUGCUGAGGGUCUGAUGCCAAAGAAAAUGGAGGAGAUCGCCUACGAGGCUUCUGACAAAGUCUACGGCAAGGAGGACACUGGACCCUACGAUUGUACAAAGGUGUCUUUUGGUCAAGUGGUUGGCACCAUGAGCAAGAUUGCCAACGCCAUGGAAAAUGGAGAGUAUGACUUUGAUGGAACAAGAGAAAAACGGCCUCCGGAGCCGGUAGUGACUCGUGCUAACACAGUCAAGUCUCAGAUCGCCGACAUAGAAACAAUGAAAUUCAAACUGGAGAGUAAGGAAGAGGACAUCAAAGAACUCAAGAAACUCAUCAAGAUGAAGCAAGAGGAGUUCAGUGAGCAGCAGGUGAGGAUGAACCUGGUGGAAAAGAAGCUGGACAACGCCACUAAAGAUGGCGACGAACGUGUGGAGAAAAUGCAACGCAAGCUUGAUGAGAUUCAGCUUCAGAUGAAGAAAAAGGAAAAGGAGUUUGAGGAAACUAUGGAUACAUUGCAGUCGGACAUUGAUACUCUCGAACAGGAGAAGUUAGAACUGAAGGAGAGACUGAAGAUACUGUCAAAGAAAACGUUACUGGAGGGCAUAUCACGGCAGGCGGGCCAGACUGUUGGAAGCAGUCCGAGUCUCUCCUCCUUAACAACUGUAAAUGACUCCCCUGUCCUGUUACAACAGAUAAGUUCCCUGAAGGAGGCCCUGAACUUCACCAAACAAGAUAACCGUCGCCUACAAGCUGACAGGAUGAAGGAGAAGAUGGCCAAACUGCCUCCACUACAGGUGCCUAAGAAGCCAGUAGGUCUUAGUAGCACUGAUGGCUCUGUCAAGAUUGGUCAACUCCCCGACGGCACAUCAGACAAACUUGGGAUUGGUAAUCUGGCCAAGGAGACAUCCAAACUUCUCACGGAAGUCAACAUGUUGUCAGCUUGUCCCAGAGUCGUUGAUAUAACAAAGAGAAAGCCAGGUGUUCAACCUGUGUCGGAUAGCAGUAACCCAGCCAGAGAGUUGGUCGCCAAGACAGCCAAACUUACGCUACUUGAGAAGAAAACACAGGAGCUCCAGGUCCAGGUCACAACCUUGUUGGCAGCCAACAGGACAGGAGGUCAGGUCAGAACGGACUUCUCUACCUUCCCAACGCCUCAGUUUGCCCGGAUGCUGCAUGAAAAGAGUGCGGAGAGCGUGUGUAUGGGAAGGAUAAGCGUGCCGACCAAGCCUGGCACUGGUGACCUCAUUCCCGUCAACGUACAGCCCGACAAUUUACGGCAAAUACAUGGCAAAUUCAUGAGCUGAUUCUAACCCCUUAAUAUUUGCUGAACCUCACAAUCAUAAAUGUUUUUCUUAAACUAAUUAGAGAUUGUUUGUAAAAUCAAAUCAGGAUGAAAUGGAAAAAAUGGUACUUUAAAUACAAAAUAUUGGGAUGCUGAUUAUAAAAGGAAUCCAAACUUAUCUAAUAUUCCAAAAAAUGUUUGUGUGUGCUUAUGUUUCUCGGUGCCAACACUUGUCUAUGUUUUCGUUGUACAUGGUAUGCUGUGAGUGCUAACACAUACUGUCAAAGUGUUGGUAUUAGUAAGUGCUACAAAUUAAACACUAUUUUCUGCUUUAUUUAUACAUAUUUAAAGAAAAGCAUGCUAAAAAAUGUUCAUUUGUAUGACAAUUUCGAAAGGAUUCAAUCUUGACUAAUCUAUUACUGAAAGGUGUGUACAAUGAUGUAUUACUGAUGACGGAGCUGAAGUGUGACAGCAAGGAGUUGUAGCUAUGUUGUAGUAUAACAUUUAUGUUUGUAAGAUUUAGCAAACACGAAUAUCUACAUUAUAUAUUUAUUAGUGCAAUAAAUGUGAUUUCCUACACAGAUGAUGCUGAUCUAGCAUGCUUUAUAUGGGUUAAGGAUUUAAACUAUUUCAUGGUGGUUGAAAUGUUGUUUCAUAUUACCCUGGUAAUGGGAUAGAUAUCAUCAAUACGGACAUAUUUUGACUCCAUGAAAUAAGGAGCUCACAGUUUCAAUACAUAACAUUAAUAGAUAUGUUGUACAAAAGUUGAGAAAUAGUUAUCACCAACUUGCUUAAUAUUGAUUGAUAAAAAGUAUUUUAUUGAGGAAUAGCUGACAAAUUUGAGUCAUUUGCACGCUGCAGUUAUUGUUCAUGUUAUCUUCAACAGUAAUAAUAUCCCUAUAUUCUCAGUCUUUAGUGGAGUACAUAUAGCUUAAGUCUAUGCUGCUGUGUUUGUCUGCUCAGCUGUUACACCAACUAGAUGUGAUGUCAUUUUAUAGUUUCCGUUGUGAAGUCAAAAUUCGGACAAUGCCUCUAAAGUUAUAGAGACACCGAACGUAAUUAUAGAAUUAUUUAAGAACAGUUACAAUAACAAAGAUAAUGUUGCACUAUACCUUCAAGCCUGACAACCAUUUUUUGGCUGAAUAAACCAAAAGGUCUCUAUAUUUAAACAUGAAACUCUAAACUGCUUUCCUCAACGUUUUCGCUUGAAAAACAGUUCUCAGUAAGAUUGAUCGCUGUAUUGAUAUUGAUGGUUAGUGUACAAAUGAUUGCGGUUACUAUUUGUGCAGUUGUUAGCUGAAUGAAUAUCGGUGGAUAUUGUACAAAUAUAAGCGAUCAUGUUGUGUACUUAGAUGUACAAAUAUUGGUGGUUACUAUCUGUUCUAUUGAAUACUUGCCAGGUCCCCUGAUAUUGGAUGCCCUACUCCCAUUUUUCGUCUCCAAUUUCGACAUUAGAAAUCAGGAAAUUCCUACAAGUCACUGUUUGAUAAGUUCAAUUGAUCCAUUGCAUAGAACACCUUAACAGACAGUAUCUUACACUACUGUUUUGUAGAAAUGCAGUCUUUAUCGUAAAAACUCCAGAGGUUUUGUACAAGUUCUUUGCUAUAGAGUAGUACCUGUGGAGUACCAUUAAGCAGUGUGAUGUAUAACGUCAACAAGAAAAUCGUGUCUACCAAUAGUCUUUGUCUUGCUUAGUAUCCAAAAGCUUAUUAAAAUCAUCUGGAAACGAU